AUGAGAGUAACAGUGUUAAAUAACACGCUGCACCUCUCGCUGUUUUCUCUCUCUUUCUUAUUUUUGUUCUUCUCGAGCCUGCUGCCCAACUGCUCCCAGCUGGCAGCGGCUGGGAGCGACACCGGGAAUGCAAAUGACCUGCAGCAUCCCCGGGCUGCUGCCUGCGCUUCCAGCGGCAGGAGGGAGCUCAGCAGGACCGGUCCCCGUGUUUGGACAGCUCCUUGCCUCGACAGCGGAUCGGGGGCAGCGCUGGUGCCGGCCAGCCCGGACCCUCUGGCUGUGGAUGAACCCCUGGAGAAGACGAGUGGUGGAGCUGCAGAGCUGGGGCACAGCACUGGUUUGACUGGUGGAGCUGAGGAUUUUGGGCAUGCUGUGGGUCCAGACCCUGGAGUUGGAGAGCAGGGGCAGGGCACUGCCCUCAACCUCCUGCCAGCCCCGGAGGAGACCACGCCGCUCCUGCCUACAGCCACCGCUGCCCCCAGACCUGAUGCCAAACAAACUUCCCCUGUUAAGAAAAAGCCACCAGCUCUGAAGCAAGGAAACACAGGAAGGAAGCACCCAAGGCUGAAGCCCACCCCGGCAGGGCCCCCUGGGACUGCCCCCCCCGAGCUGCCCUGGGCGGAGCAGGCCACCACCAGCCACCCCACGCUGCAGAUCUCCCCUUCCAGCCUGCCCCCAGCCCUCUCUGACAGCACAGGGGAUGCUGGAGAGGCUUCCACUGUGGCUCCAGCUGGUGUUAUCCAAACCAAGGGCACGGAGAGGGAUGCGCAUGGCUCUGUGCUGGAGGAGAGCCAGGAAACCACCACGUCCACCAUCGUCACCACCACUGUCACCACCACAGAGCCCACCCCAGUGCUCUGCAGCAUGAGCUUCCACGAGCCUGAGGGCUACAUUGACUCCACGGAUUAUCCCCCCCUGCCCCUGCACGGGUACCUGCAGUGCACCUACAACGUCACCGUCUACACCGGCUACGGCAUCGAGCUCCAGGUGAAGAGCGUGAACCUGUCAGAUGGGGAGGUGCUGUCCAUCCGUGGUGUGGAUGGCGAUGCCCUGGUGGUCUUGGCCAACCAGACCCUCCUGGUGGAGGGCCAGGUGAUCCGCAGCCCCACCAACACCAUCUCUGUCUACUUCCGCACCUUCCAGGACGACGUGGUGGGGACCUUCCAGCUCCACUACCAGGUGUUUAUGCUGAGCUGCAACUUCCCACGGAGGCCUGACUUUGGGGAUGUGACGGUGAUGGAUCUGCACUCGGGUGGCAUCGCUCACUUCCACUGCCACCUGGGCUACGAGCUGCAGGGCCCCCGCAUGCUGACCUGCAUCAACGCAUCCCGGCCACACUGGAGCAGCCCCGAGCCCAUCUGCUCAGCUCCCUGUGGAGGGACAGUGCACAAUGCCACCAUCGGCCGCGUGCUGUCCCCCAGCUACAGCGGGAACCAGUCUGGCAGCAUGUACUGUGUCUGGGCCAUCGGGGCCCCCCCGGGACAGAAGCUGCACCUGCACUUUGAGAAGCUCCUGCUGACUGAGAAGGACAGGAUGGUGGUGUACAGCGGGGACACCAACCGCUCGGCCGUGCUCUACGACUCGCUGCGCGCCGACAGCGUCCCCUUCGAGGGAGUCAUCAGCGAUGGCUCCUCCAUCCGGAUCGAUUUCCUCGCUGAGGAGCCUGCGGCUGCCACCGCCUUCAACAUCCGCUUCGAAGCCUUUGAGCGGGGCCACUGCUACGAGCCCUACAUCCAGAACGGGAACUUCACCACCUCUGACCCCACCUACAACCUGGGCACCACCGUGGAGUUCACCUGCGACCCCGGGCACUCCCUGGAGCAGGGCCCCGCUGUCAUCGAGUGCAUCAACAUGCGGGACCCCUACUGGAACGACACGGAGCCGCUGUGCCGAGCCACGUGUGGAGGGGAGCUGACUGCUGUGGCCGGGGUGAUCCUCUCCCCCAACUGGCCGGAGCCCUACACGGAGGGGGAGGAUUGCAUCUGGAGGAUCCAUGUGGGCGAGGAGAAGCGGCUCUUCCUGGACAUCCAGCUCCUGAACAUCACCAACAGCGACAUCCUCACCAUCUACGACGGGGAUGAGCUCUCCUCCCGCAUCCUGGGGCAGUACGUGGGCAGCAGCGGCCCCCAGAAGCUCUACUCCUCCAGCCCCGACCUCACCAUCCAGUUCCACUCAGACCCUGCUGGGCUCAUCUUUGGGAAGGGACAAGGAUUCAUCAUGAACUACAUAGAGGUGUCCCGCAACGACUCCUGCUCGGACCUGCCCGAGAUCCAGAACGGCUGGAAGACCACGUCACACACAGAGCUGGUGAGAGGGGCCAAGAUCACCUACCAGUGUGACCCGGGCUAUGACAUCGUGGGCAGUGACACCCUCACCUGCCAGUGGGACCUCAGCUGGAGCAGCGACCCCCCCUUCUGUGAAAAGAUCAUGUACUGCACGGACCCAGGGGAGGUGGAGCACUCCACUCGCCUCAUCUCGGACCCGGUGCUGCUGGUGGGCACCACCAUCCAGUACACCUGCAAUCCUGGCUUCGUGCUGGAGGGCAGCUCCCUGCUCACCUGCUAUAGCCGUGAGACCGGCACCCCCAUCUGGACCUCACGGCUCCCACACUGUGUCUCUGAGGAGUCACUGGCCUGUGAUAACCCAGGGCUGCCAGAAAAUGGGUACCAAAUUCUUUACAAGCGCCUCUACCUGCCAGGAGAGUCCCUGACCUUCAUGUGCUAUGAGGGCUUUGAGCUGAUGGGGGAGGUGACCAUCAAAUGCAUCCUGGGCCAGCCAUCCCACUGGAGCGGGCCCCUGCCCAUCUGCAAAGUGAACCAAGACAGCUUUGAACACGCUCUGGAAGUAGCAGAAGCUGCUGCAGAGACGUCGCUGGAGGGGGGAAACAUGGCCCUGGCCAUCUUCAUCCCGGUGCUGAUCAUCUCCCUGCUGCUGGGAGGAGCGUACAUCUAUCUCACCAGGUGUCGGUACUACUCCAGCCUCCGCCUGCCCCUCAUGUACUCCCACCCCUACAGCCAGAUCACGGUAGAAACGGAGUUUGACAACCCGAUUUAUGAGACAGGGGAAACACGAGAAUACGAGGUUUCGAUAUAAGGACAGUGGUAAGAGAGUCUCCAGCAGCGAACUUAAUGUGCUCUCAUAGAACUUCCUCAGUAACUAAUCCAGAGACCACGUGGAGUUUGGUUGGACCCCCGGACCUGCUGUUGUCUUUCCUUUUGCCUCUCUAUUGAAGAUUUUACUGUUUUCUUCACUGUAUUUAUUCUAUUUAAACUGCGAUAGGUGUGCUGCCCAGCCCUGGGCACAGGCAGCAGCUGGAGCCGGGGCAGAGCUGGGUCCUGGUGAGGCCAGGGGGGCACGGGGGCACUGCUGUGUCCCCUUCCAUGGCAGAAUGUCCCCUUCCAUGGCGGAGCGUCCCUCGGCACUGCCCACACAGACGCAGGGGGAUUUUUUUGCGGUUCUGAUGUUGUUAAAAAUUAAAGAUGUCUCCAUUGCAAGAGCCUGCGGUUGAUUGCUGGGAGCUGAGGUAGCGCAGGGUCCCCCCCAGGGUCCCACGUGCAGCUCCUGGGGGGCUCAGGGGCCACUGGCCCAGGGACUGUCCUCACUGCAGGGCUCAGGGACAGCCUGGCACACACGAGGUACGUGCUGCUUUCUUUUCCCACUUCACUUUGGAUGUGGAGAGGCAGCCAGCCAGGAUCUGGGGUGAUGCUCUGUGGAGAAGCACCAACCUAUGGAGAGUGCCACCCUGCCACUGGGAGCCCUGGAAGCCACCUUGGAGCGAGCAGAGCUCCCAGCUGGUGCCUCUCUGCUCUGUGCCCGCUGAUCCUCUCCAGCAGCACUUCCCAUCACCCUGCCAGGAUCACCCCGACCCAGCCGAGGGUGGCUCUGUGCCCCUGGCAGCAUCUCAGGGUAAGCAGGAUGGGCUGGGCUCCCUGGCUCCUGCUGCAGGAGGGGCCCUGGCGGGCUGUGCUGUGCAGGGGAUGAAGGUGGAGCUGUUGGGAAGGAGAGGCAGCUGGGAUGUGUGGAGGCUUCAGCACAGGAGUGCUGGGGGGAGCAGAACAGGCAGAAAUCGCCCUCAGUCCCACCCUCGCCAUCCCCCGCACUCCUUCACUGCAUCACCCCUGCCAGAGCCACACAGCAGUGGGGACACGGACCCCAAAGGGCCACCACUGUCCCUGCUGUGUCCCAGCCAGCCCCUGGGGAGGGCAGUGAAGCCACCACCACGUCCUUGGCUGCUGGUGUCCUUCUUUUGUCCUUGCAGAACAAUGGCGAGUGCGGGAGGCCGGGGGAGCUCGGGGUGGUUUGGUUGGUGCAGCUCUGCAGUGUACAGCUGGGCUUUAGGGGUUUUCCUUUCAAAACAACGAAUGUGUGUUUGUAAUUUGUAAUGGUUAAAAAGGAAAAAAAAAAAAAAAAGAGGAAAAAAAAUUGUGCCAAAAAAAAUGUACGAAGCAUUUCAUUUCCCUUCAUACAUGUCUGUUUUUAUAAGAACAAUGUGAAAAUUGCUGGGAUUAAAUAUUUUUGAACAUGAUAAAGUA